GAGGAGGCCCAUUCAAAAAGUAGCUGCUAUUGUCGCGGCUGCCGGUGUUUUUGCUGUCCCUGCUGCCGGCUGCGCUGGGGCGGUACCCGGGUGGACGAGGCGACCCAGCCCAGUCGACGAGCGUCCAUGGCCGGAGUCGCGAUGACCGAGCCGGGCCGUGGGCCAGCCGCCGCCGCCGCCGCCACGCUGGGCACUGAGGGGCUGCCACGCGCCUUCCUGCAGAGCCUGCGCACCCUCUUCGACAUCCUGGACGACCGGCGCCGCGGAUAUGUGCACCUGCGGGAAAUCGAGUCCCGCUGGCAGGGCGCCGACGCGCGCGAGCUGCCCCGAGGCGUGCUCGAGGGGCUGCGCCAGGUGGCUCCGGCCAGCGGCUACCUGACCUUCGAGCGCUUCGUGGCGGGCCUGCGCACCUCGCUGCUGAGCGCCGACUGCGGCCCGCGGGGCUCGGUGCGCGGCCCAGCGCGGCCCGGGGACCCGCCGCCGCCGCCGCCACCGCAUCGCCUGCUGUUCGCACCGGCAGAUGAGCCGCGCACAGUCCUGGAGAGGAAGGCCCUGCCCCCUGGUUCGCGGCCCCAGCCGGCCGGCCCCGGCGGCGCGGCACGGAGUUUGGAGAGGCUGUGCGGCCCAGCAGGGGCAGCCCCGGGGCCAGCAGAGCCCGAGAGGCCCCAAGGCGCGGCGCUGAAGCGGAGCCAGGGCGCGGACGCGGGUGUCUUGGGCUGCAGGUCCUGGGAGCCAGGAGUGGGGGCCACCCAGCGGGCCCCUCGUGCCCGUGGGGAACGUCGGAGGUACACCAUCACCAAUGGCGUGGACUGUGAUCUGCUGAAGCAGAUGAAGGAGCUGGAACAGGAGAAGGAGGUACUGCUGCAGGGCCUGGAGAUGAUGGCUUGUGGCAGGGACUGGUACCAGCAGCAGCUACAGCGUGUGCAGGAGCGCCAGCGCCAUCUGGGUCAGAGCAGGGCCAGUGCCGACUUUGGGGCUGAGGGGAGCCCCCGCCUGCUAGGACAGCUGCUGCCCAAGGUCCAGGAGGUGGCCCGGUGCCUGGGGGAACUGCUAGCUGCAGCCUGUGCUUGCAGGGCUCUGCCCUCAACCUCCUCCGGCCCCCCAGGUCCCACCCUGGCACCUGCCUCACCCUUGGCCCCUGGCUGGCAGCAGCAAACCAUACUCAUGCUGAAGGAACAGAACCGGCUGCUCACCCAGGAGGUGACGGACAAGAGUGAACGCAUCACACAGCUGGAGCAGGAGAAGUCCGCUCUCAUCAAGCAGCUGUUUGAGGCCCGCGCACUCAGCCAGCAGGAGACAGGGCCUCUGGACUCCACCUUCAUCUAGCUGCCAUGGACACAAGGCAGGCUGGCAGUCAGCCCAGUGGGCUUCCUGAACCCCACCUCCCAGACUGAAGACCAGUAGAGCAUAGCCUAACCUCUGGGGGUGACUGACUAAAGAUGGGGACCCCACCAUUGUGCUGGUGAAACCAGAAACUGUUGCUGACACUUGGGGUAGACAGUAGGGUCCCUCUUCAUGUUUACAAGAUCUCAGGUGGCAGGCCCCAUGUUUACAGAUGUCCUGUCCCUGCUGCCAACUGAGAUCACAGUAAAAGGCACUGGACACACUGGGCUGCGCUUCUGACAGUGGCCAGCAGAGGGCGCCUUGUGAGCAGUCAGCACAGGACUGGGGCUCCGCCCAUGUGUCACAGUUGGGAGCAAGGUGGGAGCAAGCCUGGGGUGUUAAGAGAUACCUGGGAGGGCCCCACGGCCAUCACCCUCUGUCAGCCUCAAAUCUAGGGGCCUGGCCCCUAGCCAGGAAUAGAUGGUGGUGGCUUCUAAGGGAGCUGUGCCUGUGUUUGGAAGGGGCUUCUUCAGUAAGCUGUCACCUUGUCCCCCCAACACCCUAGCCCACACCAGCCCUCCUGAGCCUUCACCCCAUCCAGAUAGCCCCACAGAGAAGCCCUGAGAUCAGGGCCUGAGACAACCACACCACCUUACUAGGGUGGCUGAGUUAUAGCACGCCUCCAAGUAGUUUGAAGGGUGCACCUCCAGGAUUCAACACUCCACAGACACUGGCAUGGGGGGCCUGGCCCACUCCUGUCCCUACCCCAGUGAGUCAGAGGCCCAUGCUGGCAAAAUACUUCUGCUCAGCCACAGAAAAGGGGAACAAGACUCAGGAAGAGGCAGGGUCCCUAUCUUGGGUCAGGCCCCCAGGGGGGAACUCCCUGCUCAGCCACAGACUUCUGUACCUGAAGAGUUUAUAUGCACAGUUCCCCAUAGCCCUGGGGGUGCUCUGGCCACAGAAAAGGGUAUAGGAUAUAGGGUGAAUGUUUCUGCUGGCCCCAGCUCUGUGCUAUCCUAUCACAACAGCCUGGACUCAACAGCUCCCCACACUGUGCUCAGGACCCGUAGGGGUUGGGGCACCCCAGAUCAGUUCAGCAUGCAAAUACUCUUACUUGCAUGGGAGGAGGGCUGGCCAGGGGUUUUAAGAGGCUUAAAUCUCUUAACUAGGCUCCCUUGGACAGGGGACAGGAAGACCCCUAAAGGACAGGAUAUGUCCCCAGGUGGGCUAUGGUGCUAGUCAAACUAGCAUCCCCAGGAAGUGUCCUUUGGUCAACAGACUGGAGGGUCCCCAUGGGACAGCCCCAAGCCAGCUUUUGUCACAGUUCUUGGACCUGUCCCUCAUGCACCAGACCUGUUACCCAGAGCCCCCCGCCACCAUGCUUACUCCUACCCAGCCUUCACCACAGUGACCACAACAAAACCAGUGAGCUAGGUGUCCUUGGAGAGGUCCCCAGGGCAAUUCUGCAUUCCUUUAUGACUUGCUUAGGAAGGAAGAAUACGGGAGAGGGGUGUACCCCAGGCUUACUCCUCUAGGAGGACCACAUGCAGGACUUCAUCAGGCCACACAAGUCACUUCCAGCAGCUCUGUUGGCCCUGCUAUUCCAUUCAGGACACAGACACAACCUCUCCCAUCUGGUCCUGCAAUCAGACUACCUGUGGACCUUAGGCAAGGCAAAAGGAGACUAAGUGGUCCUAGGCGGCAGGGCCCAGGUGACAGCAAAAACAAACAUCCUCUGAAACAUGCUCAAGCAGGUCCUGUGGGGCUGCCAACCCCUGGACUUUAGCUGCCUCCCUGGCCUCUGUCCUCUAAAUGUCAGUGGUGUGUAUACAGACACUAGUGUGAUAGCCUGACUGUCUCCACAUCAACAAAGGUCUUGAGUGUGUGGAGAACCCCUGCUCUAGAGAAAUGAUCGCUAGGCCUGGAGUUUCUGGCAGCUUGAUGUCUGCAGAGUAUGAGUACCGGCAGAUUCAGACCCUCCCCAGUGCAGAGUAAACAUCUACCAGGGAAGCUGAGGAACCAUCUGCAGACUCACCACUUAGAUAAUACCAGAGAUAAGAGGAAUAUAUAUGCAAUAAAAGAUCCUUGGAAAUAAGAGCAAGGAGUGGUUUUUAUGGCUUUUUAUUAGGUGGGCGAGACAAUACUCUAGGACUGCUAUGCUCCACAGGCCCCUGCAUCCUGAGGGACCUAAGGGACCUCCAGGACUGGCUCAGAAGAAUGCAGACAUCCUUAUAGGGUCACUACCUGCUGACUCAGGGCAAGGCAGGGCUCUGGGGCUUAAAGGGGAAGUGGCCAUGGAGGAGACACCAUAGGAGGCAACCACAGUGGGACAAAAUGGCUAAGGUAGCUAUAGCUAUGUGUGUGGUGACCAUGUGGGAGGGUUCAGUCUGCUCCACCUGCUGACCUUGGCAACUGCACAAGUUAGAGGAAGUGAUGGGUUGGGGACUGGUCAUUACAUUUUUGAGACAGGCUAGAUUGGUCAGAAGGAUACCCAUCCUCCACUGUCAGUUCAACACAAAACCAGAACUUGUUGGACAUAAGCCUGAUUACUUCCUUAGGGACCAAGCCACAAAUAAGUACUGGAAGAAACCAAUUUGAGUCAAGAAGGUGACUGAAAUAUCUGCUGCAUGUCCCUGAGCCCCACUGUACCAUCAUAAUGAAAUCUCCAUUCGGGCUGGGAGGGCCCCAUCAUGUAUUUGAUGAUGUGAUAGUUGUAAAAUGAUAAAAAAAAAAAAAAAAAAUA